AUGAGCCAGGAUUUCGAUCAGGAAGAUAUGAGCGGCCGAAUUCGUAACUUUCCUUGCAUGUAUUGCGGAGUCCGUUUUCCUCAUCAGAGCAAGCUGACCAGACACAUUCUAUCUCACAGCCUAGAGACUCUUAAAUUCAGGGAACAGUCUCAUCCGCAAAUGGUGCAUCCCGUACUGGGUCUAGAGUCGAUGAAUUUCAUGGAUAAUCAUUAUUCUACCUUUCCUCAAAAGUUUGAAGCCUUCGAACAGCCGUCCGACGGAUCGAGCGACGUCGAUUUUACCGCUUCCUUUCAAAUAGGUGGCGACGGCUGUCAGACAAAUUCGGUUUUGUGCAAAUUCUGCGGGAAAUCGUUUCCCGAAGUGGGAUCUCUCAUAGCCCACUUGCCCGUUCACACGGGAGAUAGACCUUUCAAAUGCGAAUAUUGUGGGAAAGCCUUUAAAUUGCGUCACCACAUGAAAGAUCACUGUCGGGUACACACGGGAGAAAGACCUUUCAGAUGCUCGAUAUGCGGGAAAACAUUUUCGCGUUCCACAAUAUUAAAAGCUCACGAAAAAACUCAUUACCCAAAAUUCGUGCCCAAAUUCGUCGCGUCUACUUCCAUCGACCAUAUAGACGAUACAGGGACGGCGCCAGCAAUCAUUCGAAAAUUUUCACCCUCUGCGAUCGAUCCGUAUCCGGAAGCGGGUUCUUCACAUUCUCAAUAG